AUGGACUAUGAUGUGGUUGGUCUUAAGGGUUCGUUUGGUGGUUUGGGUACUCCUCUCGAAGAAUCUUCGACUCUGUACGCCAUAGAGAAUACUAUCCGGAAGUCUUCCUAUGGUUCUAGUUGUGAAGGAUUAGAACUAGGAACUGACUCUAUACUGGUUGAAGAUCAUCCUUAUGUAUGGCUGCCGACGUUCGGUAUUCUACGUAAGGAGCUACUAGAGGGUCCAGAAUGUCAAGAUAUCCGGGGCGGUAUGCCUACGGUCCUGGGGAACUCGGAGGCGCCCGAUAUGAUGGUCACACAAGCUGAACAGGGGAAGCUUAAGGACCUUCCAAGCGAGUAUCUAUGUCCAAGGAGUAGCGAGACUACGACCUGCUUAUCUGCACUGGCCAACGCGGAUACGGUCGAUAGGUCUGGUACUAGUGAUAUGGAUGAGAAGG